AUGUUGCCUCCCCUGCCGCCAGUCGCCGCACCCGUCGACACACGAACCGACCCGCUCGACGACGACGAGGACGCGCCGCUCGCCACAGACAAAGCCCCGCUCGCGCCGGACGUAGCACUCCACAGCGACACGUCACCGCUCGGAGAGCUCGUCCCUGCCGAAGCACCGCUGAUCACGCUGAUGGAUCCGCCUGUCAGCGCGCCUUGGCCGCCGAACAGCUCGACCGAGCCGCCGCUGGAGCCUGUCGUACUGGCCGAGCUCAGGCCGGCCGUGAGCGACACCUUGCCGCCGUUACCGACCGAGCCGUCGCCCACGCUCACCACCACAGACCCGCCGCUGCCGCCCGUGCUCGCGCCGCUGCUCAGCAAGAGGCUGCCCGAAGACCCGGCAGCCGCGUUCCCGCUACUGAAGCUCAGCACGCCAGAACGACCGGCAGUGCCGCCCGUCGCCGUGCCCAGCGAAAUGGACCCGCUCGUGCUGCCCACGCUGCGGCCGCUCAAGACACUCACCGAGCCGCCCGUGCCGCUCGUCGAAGACGACACCGCCGUCGAGUCGCCUGCCCACAGCGAGAUGGCGCCACCGGACAACGCGUCUCCAGCGCCCACCGACAGCGAGAUCGACCCGCCG